GCCGGUGUCCUCUGUGAAGAAUUCUUCAUUGCUACGUGCUUACUUGCAUUGCAAUCUCCCAAUAGAUACAAAACCUUAAAACAUGCUAAAUUUAGAAAAUUUUUAUUUUUUCUUAUUGCAUAAUUUAAUAUAUAUUUUUUGAUUUAUUUCAGGAAAAAGAAAUGGGAUUAAAACGUUAAAAAAAUAAAAAAAAAUAAAAUCCGAGUUUUGAGCAUGAAAAUUCGGUUAAGUUGUAGGAAAAAUUAUUGGGUUUAUUAGAGAGCAAGACAGAGAAAUCAUGCCAGCCUUUGCUUUUUCAUGGAUGUUUCUUCUGUGUCUCUCUGACUCUAUCUGUGUCUGUGUUUCUUUUGUGAUUUCAUCUUGGCUUUACCCAUUUGGCUUUCUGAGGCCUCUUUGGUGUUUGGCCACCAUACUUUGAGAAUUCAUGGGAAUUAUUCAACAAUCUUCGUCUUCUUCUUCUUCUUCUGCUACUGCUACAUGGUAAUUAAAUUCAGCUUCUUUUUAAUGGAUGAAUCCUUUUCAGCUCUUAGCUUCUGCAUUUGGCGGAUUUCGUGUCUCUAUUCACAAUGGUUCUCGCAGCAUUCACAAACAGAAUCAAGAUGAGGAAACUACUCCUGUUGGAAGCAGAAGGCAUAGAGCAGGGUUUUCUGACUCUUUUUCAAGUCAUGACUUGGGUUCAUUAGAUUUGGAGGAGGGUCUAACCGGGUCUCGUCGUAGAGUUUCUGAGGAUUAUCUAAGAAAUUCAGAAUCCGAACCAGUCACUCCCAAGGCCAGCACUUCAGAUACAGAUGCAAAAGCUCCAAAUUGGCGUGGCUUCUUUAGAAUACUGAAGAAAGGACCCCAAAUGCCUUUCCAAACAUUUCCUCCUCUAAUAAAUGUUCCAAAACUUACAAGGAGAAAAAGCAAAAGGAUUAGAGAAGAGCUUGUUCCACAAUUGAACUCUCCAGCCUUGAAAACUAGUUUGGAUACUGAACUUAGCUGCUUCAAAGCCUCAUGGAAGAAUUUCUCACUCUCAGAACUCCAAGUUGCAACAGACAACUUCAGCAAGGAUAAUUUGAUUGGUGAAGGAGGCUAUGCUGAGGUUUACAAAGGGAAAUUAGAAAAUGGUCAGUAUGCUGCAAUUAAACGUCUAACAAGGGGAACACAAGAAGAAAUGACUGCAGAUUUCUUAUCUGAGCUUGGAAUAUUAGUCCAUGUUGAUGAUCCAAAUAUUGCUAAAGUGAUUGGAUAUGGUGUUGAAGGAGGAAUGCACCUUGUUCUUCAUUUGUCUCCCCAUGGCAGCCUAUCAUCCAUACUUUAUGGCCCACGGGAAAAACUGGAUUGGGGAAUCAGAUAUAAAAUUGCUUUAGGUACUGCUAAGGGCCUUCUGUAUCUUCAUGAAGGAUGCCAGAGGAGAAUUAUCCACAAAGAUAUUAAGGCUUCUAAUAUAUUGCUUUCAGAGGAUUUUGAACCUCAGAUAUCUGAUUUUGGGCUUGCAAAGUGGCUACCAGAUCAAUGGACUCACCAUAUUGUCUCAAAAUUUGAAGGCACAUUUGGGUUCGUACUUCAAAAGUCAAAAAAUAUAUAUAUAUUUUUUCCCUUGAAAAUUUUGUUACUUCAAACGCUUUACCUCUGUUCUUCUUUUCCUCCCAAAAAUCAUGAUAGCUACCUUCCUCCUGAGUUCUUCAUGCAUGGCAUAGUAGAUGAGAAAACCGACGUCUAUUCUUAUGGGGUACUACUAUUAGAAGUCAUCACUGGUAAGCCAGCUAUUGAUGGAUCACAGACAAGCCUUGUGAUGUGGGUAAAACCUUUACUUUCGAAGAAUAAUCUCAAGGAGCUAAUAGAUCCAUGUCUUGGAGAUUCCUAUGAUGUAGAUCAGAUGAAACGUGUGGUUAUGACAGCUUCAAUGUGUAUAAAUCAAUCCUCUAUCCAUCGACCACAAAUGAGCGAGGUUGUGCAGAUUUUAGAAGGUGAUGAAGGCCGUUUGGAAUUGUUACAUCAGCGCCAAAAGUCUAAACUCCAAAGGACAUAUUCUGAGGAGCUUUGCCAUGCAGAAGAGUACAACUCAACCAAAUAUUUGAGUGAUCUUGAUCGACAAUUGGAGUUCGUCUUAGGCCCCCUCUAGUGAUGUUCAAAUAUAGAUGAUGUCAUUUAAGUUUCAAUUUUGGGAUUCUUAUUAAUUUUCUGUUAAUGUGUCAUUUUUCUUUUUUUUUUUGCUAAGAAAAAAUACAACAUCAUGGACUGAAAAAAUACAACUAUAGACAUUUUUGAAGCAUGCAGGUGAAGAUCAUUAAGUAAAGGGAACCUCAUGGACAUGUACAUAUAAAAAGUUCAUUCAGUUAAAGGAAGGGGAUAAUAGACAUGCUUAGGUUGCAUUUAGUGAUCAACGAUGUCCUCAAAAAUGGCUUAAAAAUGAGGAUGACUAUUUUUCUGCAAAGUUUUCUUCUCAUUUCAUUUUGCAAAAGUGAGAAAUGAUAAAGAGGGUGACUACUCCAUGAUGUAA